AUGCACCCUAAAACGAAAGACACGAAGCUACCCAGCUUCCUCCAACGUGGCAAGAAGCACCGCGUACGCAAGGGUAUUACCGAAGCACUGGGGGUUUUAGGUCUGGGAGGAGAAAGCGAGGAAGUCGGCAUAGCUCAAGGACUUGCUACCUCCUCAUCCUUCGCCUUCCACCCCGCAGCUUCUCAAAAGCUACCCCCUCCCACCAGAUCAAGCUCAACCUGGUCAGGAGCAUCAUCCUCCAACGACAUGUCUAUUCUCUCCAACCUCAAGAAGCCUCGCGACUCCGGCUCCGCAGCACCCUCCGCCGCGACCAGCAGAUCCACCUCCCAGACCCUCCAGCCUACCUCUGCACCCCGUGCCUCGAGGUCCCUUCCCGUCCCUCGUCCUUCCAAGCCUGAAGCUGACAGGAUGUCGAUCAACUCUGCUGCCGGCACCGUCGUGUCGGAGACAACCACAAUUGCCAAUGAUGAGUCGAUGCUGAAGAAGGCAAAGAACUCGAUCCGCAGGGCCGUCUCGCCCUCGCCGGCACCGAGGAACAGGGUGAGCGAGACUCAGUUCAUCCAGAAUGUUCACGAGGCCCAGCAGUCGUUGCGUGCCAAGCUCCAGGCCGAGCUCAAGGGCUCCAAGGAGGAGUCUCUUGCUGCUGGCAUCACCAUUGAGAGCUUCCUCAGCUACAUUGGUGCCGAGCGUCUGAGGAGGAUGCCUGCCAAGGGCAGCAGGUGGGAUAAGAUCCUGAAGUGGGCCGAGUACUUUGCUACCUCGCUGUCCCUCUUCGAAGAGGCGGUUGAGACCUUCGUUGCCUCCAGCCAGGAGGCCGUCGAGCUCAUCUUCGCAUGCCUCCAAAUCCUUCUCCAGCUUGGUCCUGGACAAGGUGAAGCUAUGGAGAGGGCCUUCUCCAUCUUCCACGAGUAUGGCCUGGCUUUUGCCUUCUACCUGAAGCACUACAGCCUGCUCCGCACCAUCCCCGAAGCUAGGUCGGAGCUGAGCCUUGCUCUCGGUGACAUGCUUGCUCUUGCCAUUGAGAUCACCAUCUUCUACCGCAAGAGCAUCAGGUCCAUGUCCACCACCGCCGUCACGGUCGACUUCAACAUUACCUUCGGUCGCCUGAUGGAGACCUUCAUUCAGCACAAGGACAGCAUUGCAAACAUGUUCUGGACUUACCAGCUGAAGAACUCGCCUGAGAUUGCCGACAUCCACGUCUCGAUCCAGGAGAUCCGCCUGUGGCUGCUGCCCCAGGACCGCAACCUGCAGGCCCUGGUCUCGGGCCGCCGCGCUACCCGCAACCUGCGCGCCGAGUUCACCUGCGAGUGGUUCGACAGGCCCCUCAUCGACUUCACCAGGAGCAAGGACAACGUUCUCACCAUCACCGCCGAGACCGGUGCCGGUAAGAGCAUUCUCGCGGGCUGGAUCCUCGAGAGGCUGCAGAGGCCCAUUGGCAAGAAGACGUACCAGGCCAUCCACGCCACCGUGGACAGCCAGGUCCCUGCCCAGGCCACGCAGAUCGCGCUCGUCAAGACGCUUCUGCACCAGCUCCUCGAGCAGAACGUUGGCAACGUCGCCCUUUACAGGUGCCUUUCCAACGUUGUCGAGCUCGACACCAACACCAACAGCACUCAGGAUGCUGAGGACGCUCUGUGGUACACGCUCGAGACCGCUCUCAAGCCCCUCAACAACGUCGUUCUCGUCAUUGACGGCCUCGACGCUCUCGAGGGCGACGAGUCGGAGAAGUUCGAGGCCUACGAGCAGCUCUGGAACAUUGCGGCCAAGAACAAGAACGUUCGCGUUAUUAUUCUCAGCCGCCCCAUGUCCAAGCCUUGGCCCAAGCCUACCCGCGCUUUGACCAUGGGCCCUGAGCGCACCACCGGUGACGUCAAGCACAUGGUCCGCGCCUACCUCUUGUCCCGCGGCAUUGGCAACCGCUACGAGGUCGACGAGGUGGCCGAGCAGGUCGCUCAGCGCAGCAAGGGCUCGCUCACCUGGGCUGAGCUCGUGCUGCAGCUGUUCGGCUCUGCGAAGACCAUCACUGAGGUUCAGACGACCGUCAAGGAGCUUCCCAGCACCACCAAGGAGAUCCUCGACAAGCACGUCAGCACCAUCUCCCUCAAGGGAGAUGCGCGCCUCAUCUUCGCCUGGCUGCUCGUUGCCGACAGGCCCCUCACCACCUCUGAGAUCCAGUGCCUGCUGGAGCUCAACGUCCAGAAGGGCACUCACCAGCCGAGGUCGACCAACAUCAUCGACGACAUCCAGAAGGCCUGCGGUUCUCUGGUCAUCGUCCAGGACAAGACGGUCCGCUUCCGCAACGAGUCGGUCAGGCUCCACCUGCUCGAGCUCAGCAAGGAGAGCAAGUACCUCAUGCCCCCGACCGAGGCCCACAAGGACUUUGCCACCAGGCUGCUGCUCUACAGCAAGGUCGUUGUCAGCCGCAACACCGAGCCCUCGAUGGAGGACCUGAGCCCCCGCGAGGUCGACUCUCUGUUCCGCUCCAACGCUCUGCUCGAGUACGCCACCCGCAACUGGCUCACCCACUUCAAGAAGUCUCCCUUCAUCGUUGAGGGUCAGCUGCAGGCCAUCACCCCCGAGCUCAAGCUGGCUUUCCCCAGCUCGACUCUGCUGGCCCUGCUCGAGCGCAGCACCUGGGAGAAGCAGACUCUCCUCAGCAAGGCCAACGAGCAGCACCUCCUUGCUCUCCGCAUCCGUCAGCAGGCUCUCGGCGACACCCAGCUCUGCACUCUCCAGAGCUCCAUUAACGUCGCCCAGUCCUACAAGAAGCUCUCUGCGCCUGUUGAGGCCAGCAAGUUCUUCUUCCAGGCUGCCAAGCUCGGCCAGGCCGUUCUCGGCAAGGCCAACGACCUCGCCAUCUCUUGCGCCACUGCCACCGUCGACGCGCUCGAGGGUGUCAAGGCCGAUACCCGCAACGACGAGAUCACCCGCAAGGAGGAGAUGCUCAAGUACGUUGUUGAGACUGAGAAGCAGCGCUACGGCGCCAACAGCGCGUUGGCCACCAAGUACAACAACCAGCUCGCCCAGCUCUACACGGACAUCAAGGAGAACGACAAGGCCGAGGCCGUCUACCGCGAUGUGUACAAGCUCACCAUCGCCCAGAACGGCGAGUUCUCCCAGGAGGCCUCGCAGGCCGCCGAGAAGCUCAAGACUGUUCUCUACAAGGAGGCCAAGCACGAGGAUGUCGUCCAGUACACUCAGCCCAUCUUCGAGUCUGCUGAGCGCAACCUCGACAUCUUCGACAUCCGCCGUGUCGAGAUCACCCUCCGCAUGGCCGACACCUGGGAGGAGAAGGAGGACCUCAUCCACGCUGAGGAGCUCUACAUCUCUCUCUGGCGCGGUCUGACCGAGUACUGCCGUGCCAACUCUGGCUCCAACGAUGCCCACGAGCGCAAGAUCCAGAUCAGCAUCGCUUACGCCAAGUUCCUGAAGCGUCACGGCCGUGAGGCUGAGGCCCAGAACAUUCUCCACGGUGUCUGGCUCGACUACCAGCACCGCGAGAACAAGUCCGAGGCCGUCGUCAAGCAGCUCAACCAGGUUGGUGAGGAACUCAAGGCCAUGGGCAUCCUCGAGACUGCCAUCGCCGUCUUCAAGUCCGUCUGGGGCUACUUCAAGGGCACCGGCCAGCAGAACUCCACCGCUGCCGUCUCCACCGCCGUCUCCCUCAUGGGCGCCGUCCAGGAGAAGGCCGAGAAGAAGAAGGAGGAGGCCAAGAGGGAGGCUGCUGCCGCUGGUACCACCGAGGAGGAUGCCGACCUCAGCGAGGACGAGGCCGAUGACGAGGCUGACGCCAUCCUCGACGAGGUUGUCGAGACCGCCAUCGCUGCCGCUCCUGCUGCCAAGGAGGCCGGUGCCGGUGCCACCGGUGGCGCCAGCGGCGGCGCCAGGGGUGGUGUCAAGAUCCAGACGCCCACCAUUGAGCAGCAGAUCCAGACGGCCGAGACCCUCUCGACCUUCUACAUCAGCAAGGGCCGCUGGAACGAGGCUGCCGAUGUCUGCACCAAGAUUCUCAAGCAGCUCUGGGCCAACCUCGGCGUCGAGAACAAGUACGGCUUCCCCAAGCACUUCACCACUGUCUCGAUCAAGUUCGCUCGUCGUCUUGCUGUCUGCUACACUGAGUGCAACCAGACCGAGCAGGCCGAGAAGGUCUACAACCACCUCUUCCUGUCUGCCCGCUCCAGCCUGCGCAUCCAGGAUGAGCUCGUUGCCGAGACUGCCAACGACCUGAUCGAGUUCCACCUCCGCACCCAGCAGUACCAGAAGGCCCUGGUUGUCUACCAGCAGCUGCUCGAGAGCUACCGCACCACCCUCGGUGCGCGCAACCCGCUCACUCUCAAGACGCUGCACACCAUGGGUGACCUGUGCUUGAAGUACCGCCUCAAGGGUGCUGACCAGUACUUCCUCGAGAUCACCAAGGCUGAGAAGGGCCAGGACGGCGUCCUCACCAAGGACGGCUUCAAGGCCGCUCAAGCCCUGUCCAAGAUCUACUACGAGCAGAAGCGCUGGGACGAGGCUCGCAACAUCUACGCCACCGUCUGGGUUACCUACACCAAGAAGGCCAAGGAGUACGAAAUGUCGCCCGAGCUGGUCCAGGCCAUCUUCAAGCGCUACCACACCGUCCUUGAGACCCACCUCAAGGUCGACGUCAAGACGGUGCGCCAGCUCGCUCUCGAGUACCGUACCACCGCCACCGCGCACUACGGUCCCGAGUCGCAGAUUGCCACGACUGCCAGCCUCCAGCUUGCCGAGGUCUCUCGCAAGAUCCCUGAGCACCAGGAGGAGGCCGUCAAGAUCUGCGAGGAGGUCGUCACCAAGGCUGCCGAGAACCCCGACAAGGCCAAGGCGACCCCCGCUCAGGCCAUCCUCCUGGCUACCGCCAAGCGCCACCUUGCGGCUCUCUACGCCACCCAGAACGCCAACGGCCAGGUCUCUGCCGAGUCCAGCCAGAAGGCCGAGGGUCUCUGGAAGGAGCAGCUCGAGAUCAACAAGAAGCAGCACGGUGUCGCCCACAAGUCGACGCUCGCCAGCUUGUCUUCUCUCGUUGGUGUCUGGGGCAAGUCGGAGAAGCCUGAGAUCAAGAAGCAGGCCGAGACGCAGCUCCAGACCACUGUCGUUGAGGUGCUCACCGCCCCCACCGCCAGUGACUCGACCAAGCUGCACGAGUCUGGUGCUUCCCUGGCCAAGAUCUACCUGUCGGCCAACAUGUCGGCUCAGGCCUGGGCUCUUCUGAGGGAUCUGCGCUUCCAGAUCAUCUCCAAGGAGGCUCGUGGCACUGCCAAGGUCAACGUCAAGCUCCCCGAGACCGUCGACCGCCGCAGCAUGGUCUUCAUCGCUGCCUUCGAGGAGACUCUCCGCCAGACCGAGACGGUCGAUGCCACCAAGAAGGUCACCUUCUCGGACAUCAUGACCGACAUGCUGACCGAGGGCAUCCUGUACGACCGCUACCACCUUACUCUCCAGAGCAAGGAGGUCACGAUCGAGAACAAGCUGUUCGACGGUGCCCGCCUGUACGCCUUCCUCAAGGGCAACAAGCAGAACACCGAGCAGUGCCUGGCCGUCGAGGAGACGCUCUUCAAGCUGUUCAUCGAGAACUUCGGUGCCAACAUCAAGGUGCAGAACGUCGUCACCCGCACGUUCUUCAUCGCCCUCCUGGAGCAGCUCGGCCGCCUCCGCCACCACGAGGACCUCACCGUCGUCGGCUGCGAGGCCGGUGUCGCCAAGGUCUACUCGCUGCUCGAGGCCGACCAGUUCCGCCAGGCUUACGAGGUCGCCCUCUGCGUCUACCAGUUCAUCCAGUCCAAGGACGGCUUCAAGCAGUCCAAGAACAUCCCGCACAGCUUCAAGCUGUCGCUCUACCUGGCUGGUCUGGGCGUCAAGAAGAGCGCCGACGUCAAGCUGCAGGGCUCGAUGAUCGAGCUCUCCAAGGCGGUCCUCCGCGAGACCCUCACGGCCUGCCGCAGCCUGGACAUCGACCUCGUCCAGCUCCAGGCCGCCGAGCUCAACAACCUGGUCCGCCUCAUGGGCGAGCAGAAGAACUACGAGGAUCUCGAGUGGCUCCUCACCCAGCUCUGGCACUCUCGUCUCGUCCAGCGCUCGUGGUCGGCGACCACCGUCAUCUCGGUCGGCCGCCGCCUCGUCGAGGUGCUGUUCGUGCGUAACAAGCAGGACGCUUCCAUCUCUCUGUGCGAGAGCAUGACGUACAACUUGCGCCGCACCUGGGGCCUGCUCGACCAGGUCACCAUCGAUCUGUUCAACCUGCUCUCGACGCUCUACGUCGCCGCCGACCGCCACGCCGACGCCCUCGCCAUCCACGAGGAGAUCCUCCGCGCCGUCCUCCAGGACGACGAGUCCGAGGACGUCCUCGACGACGCCCACGCCGCCCAGAUCGCCGCCGACCAGCUCGAGCUCAUCAAGCGCGUCUACGCCCGCCAGGGCGGCUGGGGCGACGAGGACGACGAUUUGUCUGCUCUCGUCCAGGACGUCGUCGACCAGUACGGCGAUGCCUCUGAGGGCGGCCGCCUGCAGUCGUUCCUGCCCGUCGACAAGUGGAGCACCAAGGCGCCCCCCGCGCACGACACUUUCGGCACCUUCGUCCUGCCCCAGGGCUGGGAGUUCUCGGCUGAUGGCGUCCUCGCCAACGGUGCCGUUACCCAGCGCAAGCCUGACUACCUCCUCCGCUGGCUCCAGGUCAACCGCCAGCAGAGCUUUGGUGAUCUUGCCGCCGAGGCCAACAAGCAGGACGCCGCGGAUUCCGUCGCCGUCGCGAAAGUUGGCGGUGGCGCCCACGGGAGUGGUCCGAUUCCGAUCGUUGUUAACGGCCACUAA